UAAAUGUGACCCAGAUUCAAACUGCAGGGAUAGACUUUUGAAUAGUGAUCAGACAGAUAUUUAAACACAACAUUGAGAAACAUUAAAGAACUGGUGUGUGUCAAGAAAUAUUACUGAUACCAUGGAUACUAGUAAUAAUAUUUUUUUCAACCUUGAGAAACUUCAUUUACUGAAAUUAUUUUAAUUUUACAUGAAGUGGUUAUGUCUGUCGAUGGUCUGACCAUGAUCCUGUUACAUAAAUAUGGUAGGCUGCAUGAACUAGAAAUUUCUACUAACCUCAUUGUUUUAAAACAUCUUUAUGAUACAUCUGUAUAAUGUUUAGAUUUUAUAAUUAUCCAGAUUGUAUAACGUCAUUAAAUGUUGAAAUUUUGUCUUUAUUGGGAUAACUGAUAGUUAAUAUCUCUAUAAUGAUUAUUGGUAGUUUUGAUGGUAAUAGAAUUAGUCCUAAGGUGCAAUGUUUUGUCUGUACAAAAAUAAAGGAAGUAAAACUCCAAAAGCUGUAAUCUUUAACUUCCUUGUUUUCAAAAAAACGUGUUGAAAAUUGAUAUAAUGAUAUUGCUUCAAACCUAUUUGAUGUAUUUGAAUUUCUUUUGCUGUUCAAAAUCAAAAGUACAAGAUAGUGUGGAUAGUAAACUUAAAAAUACAGAGUGUGAUGAAUGAAAACAAAAAUGUUACCAUGGCGAAUUUUGAUGAUAACAAACUAUGGCCCAAGCCAACAAGGAACACUGCAUAAAGAGACCCUUACUGCAAGUCAAGCCCCUGAACCAAUACUGGAGUGAAAAAGAUUUGUCAGAGAGUAUAGACAGACCAUUUGUGUCAGUCACUAAACUGGAACCAAGAAGGAAUGAUUUACAAUACAUCGGAUCAAAACCGAAAUCCAGCCCACCUAACCAGGAACCGACACUCAAAGACCUCACAGACAGCCCAAUAAACCAGGAAACAGGGCUCAACACAAAAGGCUGUCUAAAGCACCAAAAAAAGUUCUUAAGCAUCAAAACCUGUGAAGAUAGUUGCAGACACUGUGUCAGUGUAUUUACAAGUGUUAAAGAAGCUUUUCAGACUCUAUCAAGAGAAGGACUUUGUGAAACCCCCUUGGUUUGCCUUGAAAAUGUCUUCAAAUCAACUUCAGGCCAUAUUAAAGCGGUGAACAUAGCAGAUGUGAAAAAACUGAUGAAUCGUUCCCAAUCAGACAUUCAGAAGCAACACCAAGAAAACUUUGAAGCAGAACUGAGAAAGAGGUUACAGAGGAAAUCCCCUGUUGAAAAUACCUACAAAGAUUCUUCUAUGGAGGACACAGCUGACAGAUGUCUUGAUGUUUAUUGUGACACACCUGUCAAGCAGAAUCCAACUGGGAAGGGGAAAGCUAAAGGAAGAAAGAAAGCCAUUGAUGGUGAAAGUCCUAAAGCCUCCCCAGUGAAACAAUCUACUGCUGAAAACUGUGUCGCUGGUAAUGCAGAGGCUUCUGAUGGAACUUAUGAUCAUGGAGCGGAGGAAGACAAACAAGUGAAAGGCAAGAAGAAAGGAAAAGGGUCACCCUCUAAAAAGAGCAAGACUCCUGUGGUAGAUACUCUGUUUGGGGACCACACAAAGAGCACACCUGAAAAACAGGUUACUAAAAAAAGGAAACCGAAGGUGAAAAUUGAUCAUGGGACACCAGACAUUGAAAUCGAUUCUACCUCGUACACACCUUCACCUGAUUCUAGUAACAAGAAAUCCUCUUUAAAACUUUCUGCAUCUGGUCUAUGCACACCUAGUUUGGGAAAAGAGUUGCACAUACAAAUAAACCACAACGAUUCUGCACAUUCUAGUACUUCUCCAUCAAAGGACUCCUCGUGUUUAGAGCCUGCAGGUAGCCCCUCCAAUCUUUCACCUUCAAAAGAAUUGGGACGAAGAAUCAGAGCACCAAAUAUGAGGUAUUCUGAUGAUAUUCUUCUCCUGCCGUUGAAGUCUCCUAGAAGGAGCAGGUCUCCAAAGGGGAGUGCAGAGAAGGAGGGUUUCCCUGGAACUCCCGAAGACUCUCCCCGGGAAGGUGUCUCUCCUGAAAAGGGCAAGAAAUCCGAAGAAGGCCAGUCUUCACAGUUAUAUUCCUUACUGACUAACAAAGCUCAGUCUAAUAAAGUUGUGAUAGAAAAACCUGUGUCUGACCACAAACAAAACAACAUUGAUACUUCUUUAAAGGGAAAAGACACUUCCCCCAAAUCAUCUCACUCCAAGUCAUCCCCAUUGACAAAUGGGGUGGUUGAUGGUUUAGAAACAAAAUCUGAGAAGUCCUCUGAGAAAACUAAGAAGAAAAGAAGGAAGAAAACUGAUAAAGGGACUGCAGAUGCUCCAAAACCCAAGAGUACAGCAAAAUCUGAGAAGAAAUUAGAAAGUCCUCAGAAAGUAAAAAGUUCCAAGUCUGGAGCUGUGAGAGUUCUUCAGUUUGACGAGAAUGAGGAGAAAACUGAAAAGUUAUCACCAGAAGAAGAUAAAACAGUAAAACCUAAAGCUCCAGGAAAAGGCAAAAAAAUUGCAACUCCUAAAAAACCAAAGAAAACCACAGAAAAGGGUAAAAAGGCUGUGGCAAAAUCCUCUCCUGGAGUGUUAGAAUCCAGUUCAAUGAACCAAUCAGCAGACAUGUCAGAACUCAGUGAAUCCAGAUCUGGGAGUGUAAAUACCCCUGCAACAUCUGCCCAUUCAGCAGAAAGCGGCGCCUCAAAAUCUUUCAACUUAUUUUCCUUGAUAGCUAAAGUAAAAGACAAUAUGAGUUCAGUGACAUUUCCAGAGUUUGCUGAUGAAGUUCUUUUGAUAGCUGAGGAGGAGGAUACCAGCAAGGAAGAUUUAAAUGAGAGCAGUGAAAAUAAUUCAAAAGCAGAGAGUGAAAAUGCAGAGUACAAUCCAGAUAGCAGUGAAAUUGUGGAUGAUUUCUUCUCUGCUGACUUUUUGAAAGUGUCUCCAAAACGUCUAGUAAAAUCACCUUCCAGGGAAGCACAAAACCAUCAGGAGACAAAUGUAAAUGAGGAAUCAUCUUCAAAACAAAGUUUAGCAAAAUUAGAGAAUAUUCAGAUGAAGAAGAAUGUUUCUUUAGAUACUGUGAAUGAUGAUACUGUGACAAGUUCAACAAGUCAAGUUUCCCCUAUUCGAACAAAGACUUUAGAUGGUACUGCAAAGAAAGAUGAUUGCGUCAAGAAUAGUAGUUUAGAAUUAUUUGAUGAGAAAAAGUUGGAAGAAUCAUCCAGUUCCAUUGAUCCAACCGCUCCUCUGACGAUUGAUACUCAGGAAAGACGAAAUAUUUUUGAUGCAAUCAUGACAGAUUAUCCAUCUCCAAAUAAUGUAAAAGAAAAUUCAGAGAGCUCAGAAAAAGAAAGAGAGAAAUCGGAAAUGGAUGAAUAUAGCAGUAAUUUACAAGCUAAUUGUGAUAACAAAACUAUAUCCCCAAAAGUCAAUGACAAUUUAUCAAUCUCCCUACAAGGUGAUAAAUCCAUUAUUGAAAAAAUUCAGGUGAAAUUGGGCAUUCCUGUGGAAGAGUGUUCUGAACAACUCAAGAGUAACAGUAAAUGUGAUAGUCCUAAGAAAAUGUUAGACACUGGAAGGAGUCCAACUAAACCCAUCCCAUCACCUGUGAAGAAAAGAGUUCCAAGCUCAGCUUUAGAUGAGGAGAAAGAACAUAACAGUACGAAAGGAAGUUCUGACUUUGAGAUUGUUAUGGAUACAGUUGAUGAUCAACCAUUGGCAAUGGAGAUGGACUCUGAUUCCACACCUUCUCCCCCUCCAGAUGAAAGGGCUGGCUCUGGUCGGCCUGUUCCUAGAAUGUCCACUCAGAGAUCCACAAAAGAACCGGCUCCUCUCAGUGUUCUCAGCUCUGUUGAAUCGGAAGUCAAGGACAAGAUGUGUGCUUUCACCAGCACUUCUUUGAAUAAAUACCUAGAUACCAAAACCAACAGGAAAGUUAAACUCAGCAGACCUGUAAAACUGAAUGAUUCAGAUGAACGUCUGGUGGAAGACUCGGAGGAUGAGAUGGAAGAUGUGACUGAAAUGCCUGAGCAGUACAAUGAGUUUUCAGGAAUGAUUGAACAGUGUGAACCAUCUUUUGAUGAAGUUGAUGGAGUGUUGUUCACUUCGUUUUCCAAUGAGGAAGCAUUGAAUGCUCAUGUUAAAGUGGAAAGAAAGUCAAAGAUAGGCAAGAAUGAGAGCAUUUUGUUGGGCAUGGCUAGAAUGAGAAAUCUGCGAGAGAGGCAAAAUCAAAUUAGGAACAGUGUCCAUCAGAAAAAGGAUGCCAGAUUAAAAGCAUUGAAGGAACAAUAUAAGAUCAACCAAAGUCUUCAAGGAAUGCACCUUGUUCUUAUGAAGUACCAGAGGCUCUUCAAGAGGGAGCUUAUUUUGCAGCUUAUGGCCAAGGAACAAGAAAGUCCUGGAAGCAUUAGAGGAAAAACUCCCAAGAAAACCUCAGACAUAACCCAGAUCAAAGGAUGGAAGCACAAGUUUGGAGCAGAUGACGACAGCCUAGAUAUGAAAGCAAACAUGGGAAAGCUCCACUGGAGAACAGAAGAGAGGCUAUUAAGGAAUCAUGACCCAGAGAAGCUCAAACAGAUGGGACUGGAACUAAAGAAGAAAAGGAGGAAGAACCUUGUUUUUACUAUCAGGAAGGGAAUGUCAAAAGGUGACCCUAGCAAGGGGGACAAGAUGGAACUUGCAGCUCAGGCAGAUGAAGAAGGAAACAUCAUGGAAGGUGAAGUGGAAAGGCUGGAUGGAGAAAGCAGCAUAGGUCAAGAACUGAUUGAAAUGGGAUAUGAAAUCAUAGACAGUGAAAAACAGAAACUUAGGGACAAAAAGCAAAGGGAAAAAUACAAAAAGUAUCUUAUGAUAAAGCUUAAGCUUAAUAGUGAAGAUAUAGAUAUUCUUAAGAAGCUUGGUGGUCAAAGGUUAAGAAGUGCAUUAAAAUCAGAGAGUCCUAAAAAAUUACCCCCUCCACGGCCCCCCAUCUCUCAAGGUACAGAGGAUGGCGACAAAGAUGGUGAGAACACUAAAGAGAGCACUCCUGAAUCACCAUCCAAAAAGAAGCGGAAGAGGAAGAAGAAUUACUUCAAUAUCAUCACUUUAAACAGCAGCAUGGCAAAUGCAGCAGUGAGUGCUUUACAUUCCAAAUUCGUUGUGAAGAAAAAGAAAGCAAAGGCAGUGAAAGCCAUAAAACAGGAACCAGUGGACCCAGAUUUUGAUGAGAAGAAGGAGCAGAUAGAGGGUGAGGCAGCAGGCAAUAAGGCUGAGAAAAAGACAGAAGAGAAGAAAGAUGCAGAUGGACAGAUGAAAGAGGUCUUUGACAAGAUGUGUGACAAACCAGAUGACUGUGUGAUGUUGUUCAAAGGGGGUUGUCGCUAUGGUUGUAUCUGUCACCUCUGUAGAUUCUCAGGGGAGUCGUCUGAAUCUCUCGACAAGAAAAACGCAGAGAAAAAAUGUACGAAGGAGUACUGCCGCCUUGGGUGUAUCUGUGAUGACAGCCAUGAAAAAGUCGGGAAACAGCACUGUGGGAAACCGGAAUGUAUGAUAGAGUGUACAUGUGAGCAAGUUCCCAGUGGGCGUAACAGUCGAUCAUCAUCCCAGGGGGAGAGGCUGUCCAGCGGAGGAAACUCUGAGGAUAACCAGUCCAACCCACCGGAAGAGAUCUCUGCCAAGAAGGGCGGGAAAAAGAAUGAAGUAAUUCCCAGGAGAAAAUCAACAUACAGACUAGCCAAAAAUUUGGAUGCUGUAAGUCGGAAAGCCAUGCUGGUGUACGAGGCCAGUGAAAAAUAUGAGACUCAGAAAACAAGGAAUCGUCGCAAGCAGGAGUUUGGUGAUGGCAGCACUAACCCUCACCCUGAUCCCAGGCCACUGUCACAAGCUUCCUCUAUCCCUGUUACAUCAGUAACCACCUUGGGUUCAUCUCUCCAGAGGAAACCUCCGGUUACUCUGGUUCAUAACACAGUUCCAAUACAGCCCAAGACAGGAGGGGCCCUUAUCAGUGUCCCCCAACCCAAGACUGUACAGGCCACACAGUCGGAGCUCUUACGACGCUUCACAGAGAACAUUAAGCCUCAGAAGAAGUCUGAUGACACAGAGAUGGCGCUGUUUGAUUCGGACUCGGAAGGGGAGGAUGUUCAGGAAGUUUACUCCUGUGCACGUGUGGAUGCACACUACUACAGAGGCUCUCACCCUAAAAAGUGUACCUGUGGUAAGGACCACAUUCAGAGCCGUGCGGUGUCAUCACAGUGUCUACCACAAAGCGGCGGUGGUCAGUCCGUCAGCAGUGGAUUAUCAGCUCUACAACAGAGAUUGACUGGGAAGCACCUGGCUGAGGCUGUGUGGCAAACUCAGUGGGUGUGUCUAAAGAGCAACAAACCCCCAACAGAAAACGAAGGACAGGCCGUCAAACUCCUGGAGAUCCUCUCCAACUGUAACUGGGAGCCCCACAAACAGAAGAUCCUGUCCCGAAUCUCCCGACAGAUUAGCCAGGUGCACGGGGAUGGGCAUACACUAGCUGAUGGCUACCCUCCUCCCUGCCUGAUACACAUAGGGGAGUUUGAGAUUGAGUUCCUCCCAAAAUCCAGCAAACCUGCCACCAUUCCUCCAGAAGUCAGGAGCAACAUGCCAUCAGCCAUAUUCUCUAUCCGAGUCAGGAUUUCUCUCAGGGAUUUAAAUUUUCCGAAACUUUUCAAGGCUCUUCCUCUGGCUUGUACACCUAAAACCAAGACUAUAUCUCGCACAGUAACUUCAUUAUCCCAGAAUGUGAAUGUCACAACAAGUAGUGAAUCAGUGAACAAAUCUGGCAUGAAUGUGACGGGAAUUUCUGGGUUCAGUCGCCUUCAGAUCAACAAACACUCCAUCCAGAAAGAUGUGAACUCUUCCUCAGACAGAUCUCACCUCCAUCCUUUUUCUGCACAGCAGAUGAGUCACAUGAAACCUUCCCAGCUCCUUACAUCGAUCCAGACCCUGACAACAUCAGUGCCCUUGCAGAGUAGUAGUGUUAGAACUCUGGCCCCUAAUACAGGGACCCUGAGCAAGGUCCUGUCGGCUGGUCCCACUGCCUCACCCACCAUUAUUGUGUCAUCUACAGUUGCCGAGUCCAUUUCUACCACUUCCUUGAUAUCAACAAGGAUUCAUUCCAGUGUUUCCAGCAGUUCAGGGAAGGCAGGGACUUCUCUGCUCCAAGCUUCAACCUCAGCCAGUGCUUCUGCUCCUCAGCAAAAUCUUGUGAUAAAUUCAGAGAGACCAUCUCUAAGUAUUCUCUGUACCGCUCAGGAAGUGAAAUCUACAGCUAAGGAAACUGAAACUACUUCUACAACAGAUGCAAUAUUACCUUCAUCCUCAUCGGCCCCUGUUCCAACUCAUCUUAUAUCAAAUCCGAUCAAUGUUAUUGCUACCUCGGUGGUGACUGUCACCACAUCAGUCACCACAGGUAGGCCAGUCACCGCCGUGAGUGUAGAGCAGAGGGCUGUGUCCCUGAUCAGACACCCUCUUAACCAGGCACCACAAACGGGCGUCAAUAAGACGACUCUAGCAUCCCUCCAGUCUGUCCUACAGAACAAAGCAGUCUCCUCCUCUGCUUCCUCAAUAACAGCAGCUAAACCUUUAACUACACCAUCAUCGACACCUGUUCUUCCUACUUCUACAUGCACCUCGGAGGUAAAGGUCCCAGGAAAUAACAAUGCUAUGCAGGUCCAUGAUCUCCGUCCUCCUGCCAGCCUUAGUAUUGCUCAGGUGCAGGAGAAAGUUUGUGUUUUAGGUCCCAAAUCCUCCCCUGUGACCUUACUGGGUCCCUUCACUUCCCCCUCAAGUAUUCCAAAGGUCCUCCCCCAGAUGAAAAUAGUCCAGUCGUCUGUUGUUGACAAAGAUGGAAAGCCGGUCAUUCAUCUUGUCCCAUUUACCGGAGCAGUGGGUGGAAAAACCUUACCAAUGACAACAGUCAUAAAGAGCUUGCCAGUAGGGAAUGCAGGGGGACAGCAGGCAGAUACCACAGGGGUGAUGAAGAAUCCCACCAAUGUGUACACACUGUCAGAUGUCUCCACCACUACAACCAGUGUUGCUCACAUUUCCAACACAUCAACUACAGUCACUCAGAGCACUGCCCCGGCCAUGUCAGAGAAAGUUCAGGGACCUAUGCUGCCUCAACACGGAGAUCAAAUUCUUCUUGUGUCUAGUGAUGAAAAUAACAUUAAACUGUUGAACAAACUCAAGAAAAAUGAAAACAGAAAAAAUCCCAGUGACAAUAGCAUCAAAGCAGAAGAAAGCAAGAAAGUGGAAGAUGAAAAUAAUGCUGGGGAGAAUAUUGAUCAGUCUUCUGUUUCCGUGAAAAGAAAACUGGACGAUGAGCCAAUGGAAGAAAGGAAAAAGGUGAAAACAAGUGACAAUGAGGACAAAAAGUUGGCUGAUGUGUCCAGUAAUGUGAAGGAUAGUAAUAGUGUUCUGGCUAAAAUCCUCAUGUCGGACGCAGUGAAGGAAAGGUACACAAAAUACAGGGAUAUCAAGGCCGACAAUGUAAGGAAUGAAGGGGAGAUAAAACAGGAAGUCAGUUCAGAGUCAAACAAUUCCAAGGUUAAGGAAAAUUUGAAAGGCAGCAUAGAAAAUAUUGAGAAGACUCAGGAUGCAGACUUUGACAGUGACUGUGGCAGCCCUGACAACAGGCAUUCCCAAAAUGCAGCGGAACUAGACUCCAGCUGUGAUAAAAGCGAUGAGUCUGAUGCGACUGUGGUGGGUGGGAUCGAUGCAGAGCAAAAAGAGGCCGAGGGAGGAAAAAUAGAAUCAACUGUUGAAAAGUGUACAGAGGACCAGGCCACCGGUAGUAAAACAGAGGAAGUGUAUUCUGAGAAGGACCAUCCUGAAGUCAUACAUAUUCUGGACUCUCCUGUGAAAAAGCCUUAUAGUAAACCUAGUGAAGAAUCCAAAAUGAAUAUUGUAUCAAAUGAAACCGAUUCUUUAGCUUCCAGUACAAAGGAAACGCUCAAGCGAAGGCUCUCUCAAGAGGCUGAGACAGAUAGUGGUAAGAAACCGAGAACAGAGGACGAGGACAGUCAAAAGAUGAAGACUGAAGAGAAUGCUGAGGAGAAUGAGGAGGAGCUGUGUAUGACUGUUGAGGACACAGAUGACAUGGCUGUCAUUAUUCCCAAUGAGGACUGUGUGGAAAUUGUCAACUCCUCAGAUGAGGAGGUGGAUAUAGAGACAGAGAUAGAGACCAGCAUGAACAAGUUGCUGAGGAAGCAGUCUGACACCGCCUGGGAGUUCUUCAACCCGAGCUGUAACGUCCACUGUAUCAGCAAAAAGCCACACGCCAAGCGCAAGACCAACCUACAGGCCAUCUCCAAUAGCUUCAGGGACGAGAUCCACUUCAAAGAGGGUGUGCUGAAUGAUGACAAAACAAGGAAAGUUCAACAGAAGAAGGCAAGGGAGAAGCAGCGCCGUGAGGAUAUGAGACAGGCAUUUAAAACUUUAGCUGAAUCCAUGUAUGGGGAGGACAGAGAUAAUACAAAGUACUGCGAGAUCCUCAACCACACCGAACCCAAAGUACAGCUACUCAACAAGGUUUUGUUGCAGGCCAAAGAGAAAAUAUCCCAGAUGGAGGAGAUGAGUCGACUAAUGAUGAGUGAGAACCAGUCGUCUCAGGCCCGCAAUACCCUGCUCAAGGACCGACUGCAGAAUCUCAAAGAACACAUUAUCAAAGAGCGGGGAAUGCCUUGGAUGGUGCUACAAGCACAUCUAGACAAAAUAGCCAAGGUCUGCAAGAAAAUAUUCCAAAACAUGCCCGCCAUCCGUAGACAGCGAGCCAUGGAAAGGAGGGCCUCAGCUGGUUCUCCAGGGAGUGCGUCCAAAGGGAACCAGCAAGUAUUGUACAAGAGGUCUGGCAUUCUUUCCCGUCCAUCUUCGUCUGCUACUUCAACGGUCACCAAUGGACCAGUGCCAAUACAGAUGGUUUCCUCCGAACAGGUCAGAACCAUGGCAAAGCACCAGGAGAUGGCCCGCGCCAGAGAGAACAUUCCUGCACGACCCGACAUCUAUAUAGACUAUGCAGAAGAAGAGAAUGAAAUUUGUGAAGACAUUUUGAGGCGCGAGGAAAAAAAACGCCGCAAACAGAUUCAUGAUGUUAAUAUCAAUGACGACCUUUCUUUUGAAAUCGGUGACCUUCCGAGUUUGUUUAGGAAGUCAGAAUACACAGGCGGACAAUCUUUUGUGGACAGUAAUUCAAAAACACCAGGAAAUGAAGUCAGUAUUUCUGAAACUGAUGAUGAUCGAGUGAUUAUUGCAGACGAUUACGAUGAUUCAGGGAAAAAGUCGGUCUACAGACUGAACUCGUCCAACCCAGUGGUAGAGGUCCCCAUGAACAACAGCGGAAAAAUAGCCAUAGCCAGCCUACAGAAUGAGGCGCUGCAGAACUCUAGCCAGUGUGAAGACAGCUUUGAGGAGGAAGAGAGGCCCAUGCUGGUCAUCUCUGAAGUUAAAAGCCUCUCUGAUGACUCCUGAUAGCGACAGAAGUAGUAGAUAUGUGUAUAACAAAAUGUUCCUAUGAAGUGAUUAUAGAAAUUCCUCUUAAGGCAAUUUGAAUAGUAUUGAAUUCAUCACUAAUUUUAUAAUAGUUCUAUCAUGUAAGAACAAUUUCAGAUUGAGAAUAUUACAAAUUUCCACUUCUUAUUCUUAUGAUUUUUUUAAUAUGUUACUUAUUAAUUUGUCAUUCCUGCUUAGUUAGAAACUUCCAGUAUAGAGCUAUGAGAUUAAUUGCUGUAGAAAUCCAGUGUUGGGCUGUAUAGAGAGCAUAUACUAGUUAACAUGAUAUGAUGAAGUUUGUUUUUUAGAGUUGCACAUGAAGGUAUCUGUGCAAAGCCCUCGAUACAUAUGUGUGAUAAUGAUAAAACCUUGUUAGAAAAUAUUAUGUGUUCAUACUUUGUUAUUUCUGAUCAUUGAAGUAUAUCUUAUGUUUUGUAUGAAAUCCGAUGCUGUUGAAGCCAGUUCUUGCUUGUGUCUUUGAUGAUGAUGAAUACUGAACUAAUGUUUGGUGAAGUUUAUUUGAAAAUGUGUUCAUGGUGUGAAUUGUUUAAACCAAUCAUAUACAUCAUACAUUGUAUGAAUGUGUGUAAGACUGUAUUGUGACCAUCCAUGUGUGUCAGAUGAACUGGCUUUGUGUGUAAGGUGUGUAAUUAUCCAGUCAUGUGUAGACAUUGAAUGUGUAUUGGACUGGCUGUGAGUUUGUUAUGUUGUGUAUUGGCCAGUCUUGUGAAUAAGACAUCGAACGUGUAUUGGACACUGAAUGUACACUGUUAUGAAUUAUCACGUAUCUGUGUAUGUCCUUUAGCUACCAGUGUGUGUGUGUGUGUGUGUUUAUUACUUUCUACACAUUAUAUUCAGUACACAUACAUGUAACUAGUGUUAUAUCCUAUGAUGGGGCUUGUUUCUUUCAUUGCAGACAGGACAGUGUGUAUUGUAACACGGAUCUUGGAAGCCUGAUGCUUGAUGCGGGUAUCAUUACAAGCUUGCAGAAUAAUAAAUCCUUUGUAUAUGAAACGUC